CACCUUCUAACCUUGCAAUAAAAUUCUAAUAAUUUACUUUGUUUAUGCUCACUUUCAAUUUCAUUCAAAUUAAUAUAUUUAUAUCAUUAAUUUGUUGCUUUCUUUUGCAAAAAAGUUUCUCCAUUUUUUCUUUUGGUUUCCUUGUAUCCCUCACGUCAUGUCAAAUGUUACUUGGAUCGAGCACACGGAAUAUAAUGAAAAUCUUGUCCACGAAUGGUAUCGCUCUUUGAUAAAGGCUGGUAUGGCAUUUGGUGCUCAAAGGUGGAUCGCUUCUUUGCAAAGACAACAUCACUUCUUGAAAAUGAUGAAGUCAGCUGUUGAUCCCACAGUUGAGUUAAGUGGUGAGAGAGGUAUAAGAAAAAUGGCUCAACGAAUGACAGAUAUGUUUUGUACGGGGGUUUGUGGAACCAAGCAUAACUGGGAACUAAUUCAACCAGCAACUAACGAAAAUCCAAAGUUAAUGAUGAGGACUAAUGUAAGUGACCCAAGUGAAUACGUUGGUGUGAUAUUAAGUGCUACAAAGACCAUCUGGUUACCGACGCAACAACAAACGUUGUUCAAAUUCUUCAAUAAUGAACAAACAAGGAGCCAGUGGGAUGUAUUGUACAACAAUUCUACCAUGGAACGAAUGAUCCAAUUUUCUAAGGGUCAAAACAUCGACAGCAACAUUUCUAUUUAUUUUGCUCAUGGGGAUGAAUCUUGUGCUAGUCGAGUGAUUUUGCAAGAUACGUGCACGGAUGAAAGUGGAUCAAUUUUGGUUUAUGCUACAAUUGGUUCUCAAGAAAUGGAUAAAGUGAUUGAUGGGGGAGACUCUUCUUGGGUGGCUCUCUUCUCAAAUGGAAUAGCAAUAGCGCCCGAUUGUAAUCGCAAUCUUUUGGCAGCUAAUGAUACUUGUGAGGAGAUGGAUAAUGGGUUCGAAGAUGGAUCAAUGGUGACUAUCAAUUUUCAAAUGAUGGGGAACAUGCUUCCAGAUACAACUCUUUCUAUGGAGUUGGUCAAACAAGCAAAUGGACUCAUCUCACACACUGUUCACAAGAUCAAGAGUGCUCUGAAAUGCUGGUGAUACCAUCCAUGGAUUUGUUAUGUGUUUUAACUCUCUUAUGUAUUUCUUGUUUUGGAUCAUAAUAAUAUUAGCAGAUUGAACUAUUUUGAGUUUAUCUAAGACAAUUCAUAUUGAUAUUUGA